AGUGCCUCUUCGACAGGCGCUCUUCAAUCUGCUCAAACUUUUCCCCUGUUUGCAGCCACUAUCGGACUGAGAAAGUUCCUAAUAAUAUAUAGUUUAGUGGUUUGGAGUGGUAACAUUUGCAGCUUUUUUUUUUGAACAGAGUGCUAAUAGACUGCUAAGACUACAGGCAUUCUCAGUGGGAAUCCGAUUUGUUAGUAAGAUAAAGGGGUAAUUGCUGGUGGUUUACAUAUAGCGCGUUGGAUAUCUAAUGUCACCAACAAGAUGAUCUGGAUUCUGGAGUUACUGUUUUUUGCAGCACUCCCUCUCAGCAUGGCCUCCCAGCUGAACGUCACUGUGGGCCAGUCAGUGCUGCUGCCUUUCACCAUCCCCCCUCCACCCCCACCUCUGGGGGUCACUCGGGUCUACUGGCAAACAGAUGCAGACAGGGAAGAGGGCAUUUUGCUGCUCCACUUCAUCAAUAUGGGUGUGGAGGAGCUUCAACGCCAGGCUCCUCAGUAUCAGAACCGAACCACUCUGGACCUCAAUCAAGUGAUGACUGGAAACCUGAGUUUGGAGCUGAGGAACGUAACAGAGGCGGACAACCAGACCACCAUCUGCUGCCUUUGGUCCAAGGACAAGGCGGUGCCGAAGAAAGUCAGCUGCAUCACACUAAUGGUGCUGCCGAAGCCUGAUGUUGAGUCUACAGCUCCAGACUCUCAGUCCUUCCCAGGCUGGGCUACAGGACUGCUGAUAGUGGCUCUUCUUGCCUGUGGGGCAGUGGUUCUCUACAAAGUUCUUCAAGGAUGGACUGGACGAAGGGACCGCAGAGAUACUGAAGUGAAAUAUGAUGGAGAUGCAGGGGAACUUGAUCAUGUUACCGCUGACGGCACAGCUGAUGCCACAGCGAAUGGCACAGUAAACGGCACAGCAAACGGCACCGCGAAUGGCACCGCGAACGGCACCGCUGACGGCACAGCUGACGCCACAACGAACGGCACAGUAAACAGCACCGCGAACGGCACCGCUAACAACACAGCUAAUGACAAGGAACCGCAGAGUGACACUCCACUGAUGACCGGUCACAGCUGAGGAGGAGAAGUCAGUCCAUGGGUGGUGUGCCGGACACAGCUAUGUGAUUUGUAUACCAAUGACUGUAAAGUGUAUGGACAGCACGGCACCACCCCUAAGGCACUGCGAUUUGUAUAUAGGUAUAAAUUAAGACGUACUUUGUCAGGGAGCAUCGUCGACUAUGCAUUGUGCAGUAUCUGCAGUGUUGACUUGGGGUAGUAUAGAUUUGCAUACCCCUUUCCAUAAGGUCAGAACAUAUGGGCCAUAUCUAAUAACAUAGUAAGUUAUUAGGACAUUCAGUGUGACACAUCUUUGUUAAUUGACAGUUUGUUGGUUGUUGGUGCUUUGAGAGAUCUGGAUCUCUGUGAGUAUGACUCACUUCUACAGUAUGUGCUGUUGCUGCUACAGUAUACACGUGUUUAACCAAAAACAACCACUCCUGUAGAUGGUGCUAUUUCCCAACAAAAAAACAUGACAAUCCUAAGGUGUGAAUAAAAGCAUUGUCAGCAAAUAACUUCGGCUGUGCAUUUCAUGGGGAGUGUGCCUUGCAGGUAUGCAAGUUGGUCUUCCAAGCCCAGGCUGUCAAUCACCAGCAGUCCAUACUUUUUGCAGUCAUUGGUAAAGUCAAACUGUCUAACUGAAUGCCAUGGAGUGCAUGUGUGUGUGUAUGGG